CCUUUAGCAUCUGUGUCCACCACAUGGGAGGAGUCACCGUUUAAAGUCGCUGCUGCCGCUGCUCACACUUGUCUGUAGUCAGCUAACGUUGAUUAAUUCGCUGUCGAUAAAAAUGAGCGAUAAAAACAAAGACCGGGAGUCUCGCUCUGCCUCCAGGAGCGCCAGUCCACCAGGCUCAGGAAAGUCUGCGAGCCGCUCCCCAGCUCGGUCACCAGCCUCAAAGGAAGGCUCCCGCCACCGCCGCUCCAAAUCUCGGUCUCAGUCCAGGUCAAAAUCUAGGUCCAAUUCCCAUCGUGGAUCGCGCAAACACUACAGCCGAUCCCGGUCUCGCUCCAGGUCCCAUCAUCGGCGAUCUCGUAGUAGUAGGUCCUACAGUGGAGAGCGCCGGAGCAGGAGUCAUAGCCACUCACCCAUGUCCAAUCGCCGCAGACAUAUAGGAAAUCGGACUAAUCCAGAUCCAAACGCCUGCCUGGGAGUGUUUGGCCUCAGCCUGUACACCACAGAGAGGGAUCUGAGGGAGGUCUUCUCUAAAUAUGGCCCCCUGGCAGAUGUCAGCAUCGUGUAUGACCAGCAAUCGAGACGCUCCAGGGGCUUUGCCUUCGUUUACUUUGAGAAUACAAAUGACGCUGGAGAGGCAAAGGAGCGAGCCAAUGGCAUGGAGUUGGACGGUCGUAGGAUCAGAGUAGACUUCUCCAUCACAAAGAGACCUCACACCCCAACUCCUGGAAUCUACAUGGGACGACCCACAUAUGGUGGUGGUGGUGGCAGCGGUGGCGGCGGCGGCGGUGGUGGUGGCGGCGGCGGAGGAGGUGGUGGUCCGAGUGGUCCUCGACAUUCACGCGACUAUGACCGCGGGUAUGAUCGUGGGUACGAUCGUGGAUACGACAGAGGUGGCUAUGAGCGCUAUGAUGACAGGGACUACCACAGGUCCUACAGAAGGCGAUCUCCAUCUCCGUACUACAGAGGUGCUUACAGGUCUCGAUCCAGAUCACGGUCUUAUUCUCCUCGUCGUUAUUAAACGUUGGUGGCAAGCAGAAAGCCCUCCUCUUUCCAACGAUGGACAGGAAACGUUUGCGUGACAUACAGUUUUUUCUUAGGGUUAUCCUCUUUUUCUGUUUGCAAAUACACAUGACCAGUAAAUGUAAACUGACCCGAGCUGUCCCCUUAUGUUUUUAAUUUUGAAUGUGUAGGAAAUACCUGUCAUAAAUGUUUUGAUUUUUUUUUUUUAUAUACAACUUGUGUGAAAUUCAAUCUUAGAACAGAUUAAAAGCAGGAUCUGUUUUUUUCA